AUGGCCCGUUUCUUUCAGCAAUUUGACCCUGAUAACUCGGACUUCAUCAACGUUACCCUGAUCUGGCAAACCCUUAUCGAUUUUUGUGAAGGCCAGUCGUACCAGCGGCGGGGCCCCCGAUACCCGCUGCCGAUUAGCGGUCUGUUCCUGUUCCGGCUUUGCAGCACCGACUACCAGCGGUACGCCCUUCGUCUUCCUGGCACCAUUCAUGGACACCAGAUUGUCUCACAUUAA